UAUAGUCGUAGAGGGCGCUACAAACACUAUGGCGGCUGCACAAACGACCAAAGCUGUUCCCACAGAUGCCGAGGUAAUGAUGGCUAUUUUGAAGGAUAUGGGUGUCUCGGACUAUGAGCCCAGACUUGUUAACCAGAUGCUGGAAUUCACAUACCGAUACAUGACUGAUGUUUUGGAGGAUGCUCAAGCAUACACUGGGCAUGCCGGACGAACUGAAAUAGAUGUAGACGAUGUCAAGUUGGCAAUAAAGAGUCGACUCGAUCAUUCAUUUACCACACCACCACCUCGUGAGUUCCUGAUGGAGAUUGCAAGACAGAAGAACAACAAUCCUCUCCCAGCCAUAAAACCUCACAAUGGACCACGCCUUCCUCCUGACAGGUACUGUCUGUCUGCAUCAAACUACCGACUCAGGCCACUCCACAAAAGGGCAACCUUGACCAUGCCUUCCCGAUUAUCAUUAAGCUCAGGAAACAAACAUUCAUCAAACUACACCUUGACUUCAAGUAAGCACAAUAUUGGAAGCCGAACUCAGACGAGCAGCAUUUCACUGACAGGCAAAGGAACUGUAGGCUCACCUCUAAGCAUCAUCAAGAGUUCAUCUCGAGCUAGCUCUACACCAACUAUCAACAUGCAGCCUUCUAGUGUUAUAUCCCGAACUCCUUCUACGAUGCAGACAGUCAUUAAGACUGAGCAGACAUCUUCCUCUGUUGGUGGAUCUUUCAUUGCGCUCAAGAGGAAAAGAGAAGAGGAUGACUGAAGGGUUGGAUCCUUCAUCCUUCUAAUUGUCUUGGCAGCUCCAUCGACUAUCGUUAUAUCCCGUACUCCUUCUACGAUGCAGACAAUCAUUAAGACAGAGCAGACAUCUUCUUCUGCUGGUGGAUCUUUCAUUGCACUCAAGAGGAAAAGAGAAGAGGACGACUGAAUCCUUCAUCUUGUCUCAUUGAUCAACACCGUUAAAAACGGGGAACGAUCAGACCGAACAUGUUUUGUGCAGACUGAAUGAUAUUGAGCAGCAAAUGAGGACUUCUAAGUACCAACUCAUACAUUUUGUGGUAUACAAAGGAUAUCGCUAACUGCCGGACAAACGUUGAUUUGUGGAGCUAUUAUUUGCAUUGUUAUUCAGUCUGAACUCAUAAAACACAUGACCAAGUAAAGACCCUAUUCAGACUAGUAAAUCUAAUCCAGACAAUUUCAUUUAUUGCGGUCGACUUCUUUAUUUUAUUUGAACACUUGGCUGACUAAACACCUAUUACAUCAAGGUGGCAGCAUUCAGGCAUUUAAAAACGGGAAAGUAGACUUUUAGAAUAGCACAUGCAGAUGAAACAAAAAACAUAGUACUACUAGUUAUCACCGAGUGAGUGAGUGAAAUACGGGAAAAUAUAGCGCUUCUGCGUCCCAUAUCCACAAGUGCCCUGUGUGAUAACAAAUUUAUCUUCAAGCAAACUUGAUGCAUAUUUUGCGUAUUGCUUUUAAUAGUGCAAUGCGCAGAGUUGGAGUACGUAGGGUGGGAUGUGGGUCAUGUGGUAUCAGUAUAUAUCACACCUCUUGUUGCUAUGGUUCAACCAAUCUGAAACUAAUUUGCUUGAAGGUAAAUAUAUAUGUAGUAAACAAGUAUAUGAUUAGCUAUUUAUUUACUUUAACCAUCUACUUUUACUUUAAACAUUAGUCUUGUAUAGUAUUUAUGUUUAACCUUGUCAUACAUGAUAAAGGUCUACUGCAUAAAUGACAAGAAGCCAACUUAAAAACAAAACUAUUACAGUCCACUGUUAUUAUAACAACAAGACCACUGGGACUGGCCCAAUUGCCAAAUUCCAGCAAAACAAAGAAACACAAAUGAUAUUUGGGACUUGAGAAGCGAAUUCUUCCUAAGCAAAACCUCUUUGUAGCGUGCUUUUUAUAAGGAGAGUGAUUGUAGUAACACAGAAUGUAUUCUUCAAACUCGUUAAAUAUAUAAGAAUAUCAAGUAAUAAACCACAAUGGAAACUGAC